CCAGCACUAAACGCUUGAGGCGUUGAGGAGAGGACUACCCUACUGAGCAGACGGGUCUGGCAGGAUUCCUUAGUAAACCACCAUGACUGAAGGACCCCCCUCUUACGAAUCUCACUUCACCUUGGAACUCGGUCUCCACCGUGAACUUCGCGGAAAACGCGUCGUUCUGGCGUCUGGUUCUCCUAGAAGAAAGGAAAUUAUGGCCCAAAUGGGGUUCCCCGAAGUUGAAGUAUGCGUUUCCGGGUUCGAAGAGAACCUUGACAAGAAUAGCAUGACGCCUUGGGAGUAUGUCUCUCAGACAUCUGCGAAAAAGGCUAUGGCUGUUUACGAAAAACUGUCGGAGGAUGAGGAAGCACCUGAGAUGGUUAUUGCCGCCGAUACAAUUCUCGUCCUUGGUCAUGAAGUUAUCGAGAAGCCUUGCGACGAGAAACAGCACUUUGCAAUGCUGAAGCGUCUUCGUGACUCUAACACUCCUCAUCGUGUCUUCACAGCAAUCACUGUGAUUGCCCCUAUGGAUGUCCCCAUUCAUCCGGGUUAUGUUAUGAAGAGUCACUUGGAAGAGACUCGGGUUAAGUUUGACCCAGAACUUACUGACGACUUUCUUCAGGCUUACGUUCGUUGCGGAGAAGGUUUAGACAAAGCAGGAGGAUAUGGCAUUCAGGGAAAAGGAGCUCUUUUAAUUGAAUCUAUUCAGGGAGACUACAACAAUAUCGUUGGUCUUCCCGUCCGCGCUACCUUUAAAUUGAUGGAGGAUGCUUUAAACGAAAGCACUGAUCACGGCUAUUAAGUUUCAGCAAUAAAACCCAGUCAGGGCUGUGUCGCUGUGCUCUUGCCGAAAUGCUCGUCGUGUCAUGUGUUUACAUCUUUACUCCUAGCAAUUGCUUCUUAAGCAUGGAAAAAUCUCAAUAGGGCAAAUUGAAUCGUUCGCGGUUUUUCAUGUCAUUACGGAAAUACUGUAUAGAGCACUAGUCACCAGCAACUGAUACGGGCGUCUCGAUUGUGCUGCAAGGUACAUAUUGACAACCUACUACUUGUUGUUUAAAAGACCUUUUUUUUGGAGCUCAGCCUUCAAUUGAACGGCAAAGUCGUCAUCACCAACGUCUUCAUCAUCCCAAUUGUUUUCCCAUAAGGUAUCAUCAUUUGUUGCAAGUUCUGCGUCUUUCAUAUGCCAGUCUACAUUUCAUCGUUAGUACAUGUGCAUUACACCGUAAAUGAAAUAUUUUAACACGUACUUUCCAUGGCAAAGUCUUCAAAUUCAUCAUCGUCUUCCAAAUCUAUAAUGUAACGUUAGCACC